AUGACCAAUCUGUAUCCCGGUGCGGCGCUCGUCGCUACUGGCCUUGCGGGGCAUGGGUAUCGCAAAGGAUCACUCUCGUCUUCGGGGGCCAUCGCCGCUUGGAUUGCCGGAUACCCACACCUAGCCAACCCGCUCAAACUGUUCGGCGUGACCAUGAUAGUCUUCUACCUCGCCGGCAGCCGCGCGACAAAAGUCAAGGCAGCUGUAAAGGCCACACUAGAGGAUGGUCCCGAUCCCAGCAAGCCCGGUGGAAAUAGGAACUGGGUGCAGGUGCUGAGCAACUCGUUACCGGGCGCGAUCGUAGCACUCAUAUACCGCUUCAGCUUUGAUGACUAUCCGCCUGCUGGGCCCAACCUCCCGCCAACACUUCUGGAUGGUCUCUCGCGGGGCCUCAUCUUCGCUCUUCUUGGCCACUAUGCAACAUGUCUCGCGGAUACGUUUGCAUCCGAACUCGGCAUCCUUUCGCCAUCGCCCCCGAAACAUAUCCUCACACUUCAGACCGUGCCGGCUGGGGCGAAUGGUGGUGUCACUGCACGUGGACUGCUUUGGUCCGCUGUGGGUGGGCUCGUCAUGGGCCUCACAGUCGCGGCUGGCGUGAUCGUCGAGGAUCCCAGCAGCUACUUGGCCCUCAACAUUGACGGGUUGCGGGCCGCGACUCUCUGGACUGCCAUGACCGGGUGGCGCGGGCCGGCUGGGAUGGUCGUAUUUGGCACCAUUGCGGGAUUGGCUGGGUCGCUUCUCGACUCGCUCCUGGGCGCUACACUCCAGCGGACACUGUACAGCACCACUGACGGGCGCGUACUCACCGACCACUCCGACAAAGCGCGCGCCAGCGCCCCUGGUGUCGUCACUAUCGGACCAGGCAUCGACGUGCUCUCCAACUCCGCGGUCAAUGCGAUCUGUGGCGCCACUUGUAAUGUCCACACGGAUCGGUUCAUUGCAUCACUAUACAGCAUGCGCAGAACAUAA